AUGUUCACCGGAAGUUUGAGUACAUGAAGGGGGGAUGACAUCUGAGAAAUGUCAGGACUUCUGAAAAUAGUGCUAUGUAGACAAUGUUCGCAGGGUAUUUUAAAUUUCCAGACCCGGUGUCAAAGAAAUGUACCCAAGCACAAUCUGUCUAGACAGUACUUACACAAUUUUAAACCCCAAUUUUGGAAAAAUGCUGUGGUGGAAUCCAGAGUUUUUUCCACAUCACCUGGAUCCAAAAAGGAGGAGAAAAGAGCUCCUGACAUCUCGAAUAAAGAAAUCCGCCGAUACCUACUUAGUUUUGUCUGGCCUAAGGAUGACUGGUUCAUCAAACGGCGUGUCAUCUUAACUACCUCAUUACUCUUGGGCUCAAAGGCUAUCAACGUGUGUAUUCCAUUUAUAUUUAAGUAUGCAGUAGAAUAUCUUGGUAAUACAGAAAACUUCAUUGAUCUCAGCAGUGCACCCAUCGCCAUAGUUACUGUAGCUUCAGGAUCCAUGUUAAUAUAUGGCAUAGCCCGAAUUUUGUCGGCAUUCUUCAGUGAGAUGAGGAACUAUGUGUUCAGUGAAAUAGCCCAGAGUUCGAUGAGGAAAGUAGCCACAAACAUUCUUCAGAAUAUGCUGUACAUGGACCACAAGUUCCACUCUUCUAAAGACACCUCGGAUGUGUGUGAAGCCAUUAAUAGGGGCACAGAAGGAAUGAACACAAUGUUGAGGAUGUUGGUGGUGAACAUCAUCCCUUCUGUGCUAGAAGUUCUGUUAGUGUCGAGCAUUCUGGGCUAUAGAUUCGGGUUGACCUAUGCAGCUAUCACCUGUGGUACAAUUCUCACCUAUGUAGUGUUUACACUGCAGUACACAGAAAAAAGGAAUAAAAUAAGACGCAGUAUGAAUAAGGCCAAAAAUGCCACGAGAAGCAAAGCCACUGAGUGCCUUCUAAACUUUGAAGCUGUUAAGCUUUUCAACAAUGAAGAGUAUGAGGUGAAGGUAUAUGACAAAUUGACCGGGAAGUACAUGGACAUGAGACAGCAGACCAUGAAAACUCUGGCCCUGCUGAAUAGUGGACAAAAUCUGAUUUUCUCCAUCGGUCUUACGGCAGUCAUGGCACUCACCGCUCAGGGAAUUACACAAGGCGUGGCUACCGUGGGAGAUUUGGUGAUGGUGAAUGGACUUCUGAUUCAGCUGUCCACCCAGCUGAACUUUGUUGGAUCCACCUACAGAGAAUUGUCAGAAUCUCACAUUGACAUGAAAGAAAUGUUCAAACUUAUGAAGAUGGACACUGAUAUAAAGAGUCUUCCUCAUGCUUCUCCACUUGUUGUCUCCCCUGAUAGCGCCACUAUUGCGUUUGACAAUGUACACUUUUCUCACACGGAGGAGAGGCACAUUCUGGAUGGACUUUCCUUCUCCGUAGAACCAGGGAAAAAAGUGGCCAUUGUUGGUGGCAGUGGAUCUGGAAAGUCCACUAUCGUGAAGAUGCUGUUCAGAUUCUUUGAUCCUGAUGAAGGGAAAAUUCUGAUAAAUGGACAAAACAUUCGGGACCUUGACCUACAUAGCGUGAGAAAGGUUAUUGGAAUCGUACCUCAGGACUGUAGCAUGUUAUUUAACGAGACUUUAAUGUACAAUUUACAAUACGGGGACCACACAAAAUCUCAGGAGCAGGUGAUGGAGGCUGCCACCAUGGCACAGAUUCCUCCCAAACUUCUGUACAACAUGGAGAUGAGGGUGGGGGAGCGGGGCAGUAAACUGUCAGGAGGGGAACAGCAGCGAGUAGCCAUAGCUCGUAUGUUAGUGAAGGACCCAAUGAUAAUCGUGUACGAUGAGGCGACAUCCUCACUGGAUACCAUUACAGAACAGAUGAUUCUGUCCACACUGAGGAGGGUGACCGAGGGAAAAACUACCAUAGUGAUAGCUCACAGGCUGUCCACCAUUGUGGAUGCAGAUGAAAUUUUGGUGUUACUGAACGGAAGAAUAGCAGAAAAGGGCAACCAUCAUGAACUGUUAGCUAAUCCUGAUAGCUUGUAUGCGCAGUUAUGGACUAAACAGAGCCACGUAGCUCAAGGAAAUGUGCCUAUUUUAGAGUAACUAUUCUGAUGCUCUUUUUUUUUGCAGUCAGAGAAAGAAAUUGUGAUGAGAUCUACGUAUAUAUAUUUUAAAGUAGUUUCCUAGAUGACACAAUACUUGCUUUUACAUCUUAAUAGAAAGUUUUGAUGAAAUGAAUGUUGUUGCUCCACAAAUUUUAUGUCAGAAGGCCCUUUACAAUUUCUAUACCUCUUACUGUAUCAGGAUUUAGGGUGUGGACUGAAAUUGUGAAUGUUGACGAGUUCAUGAAUGUAAGCCCCUCAGCUGACCUAAUUGUUUAUCUGUCACAUAUAUACAUGUAAUUCUUUUGUUUGUUAUAAUCAGUUUCUUUAAGUACAAAACUGUAAUUAUAAUUGUUUAUGAUUUAAAUCUUUGAGUUGCCGAGGAUUCCAGCAAGUGCUAUUAAUGAUCAAAUGAAAGUCAGAAAACAGAAUUUUCAAGUCUUGUAAAGCAUUUUGUGAAAUGUCAGUACAGCUUCAAAAGUUGUAAAUGCACAGGUGAUACACUUCAUAUUAACUAUUGAUUAGAUAAAACAGAGUGUAGGUAUUAUGAAAAAUAUUGAUAAAGUUUUUCCAGUGCGGUUAAUGUUUUUUUAAAAAGCACUUUAAUGCAAAAUUUUUAAAGCUGAAGACUUCAAACAUGGUAUCUAGGACAUUAUCUGAGGGCAAUUCAAUUUUUUUUUAAUUUGUUGACAGUAUAAUCCAUCACUGGGAGGGUCCUGGUGUUCUACUUCCUGUGUUUUGUGUGAUGUACAAAAAUCACCAAAUCUUCUUAAUAAAACUAUGUUUGACUUUCACUCUAAAUUGUACAUUGAUAUACAUAAUUUAUGAAAAUCAUUAAAUUAUUUAUAGAAUUUGA